GAGGGGAGGUUUUUACGGUCGGACGGGCGGGGGGUUGAAGGGGGUUCAAAAUGCCUCGCAAACAGACGCGCGAUCAUGAGCCUGCGCCUGGACAUGUGCAGCAGGAUUUCUGGCGAAAGGCUGUUGUGUACCGUUACAUUGUCGUCGGCCAGAAGGUCGACAACAAGGGGGUUAACAUGCUACAGUGCACCUUCUGCAAUAAGAUUUGGCAGGGAACCCAGUACUACGCAACGAAACACUUCACUCAACCAAACUAUUGCAAAAAGGUAUCCGACGAAGCCUUGUUCCAGAUUGCGCAGAAAUGCACACACCGCUUUGAGAUCGACCAGGUAGAGAGGGUCCGGCGGUACGCACAGGAGCGUGGUCUCGAUGUCCCUCGGUUUGGUGCGAUGGGUGGCGAGGCGGAGCGUCCUGCAAAGGGCGUGGGCGAGGGAGAGGAUACCCCGCAUUCUGCGGAGGGAGGUGUUGCGAGAGAUGGGGAGGGUGGGGGUGCCGCGGAGGAGGACGAGACGGACGUCGACCUCGAGGUUGGCGUGGUUGAGGGGGAGCGAACGCCGAGGGGAGAGGGUGGCGUGCCCGAGUUUGAUCCGGUUGCUCUUCAGCAAGUUGCUCUUCAACAUCCUGGUGGAGGACCUCUUCCCGUGCUUCCCUCCCACAGCGAGAUCGCAAGCAUGCGAGCUGUGGAAAUCCACCACACGGAGUUGGCGGAGGAGUUGGAGGAGGUGAGGCAGCCAUUAUGGUACUUCUCCGCGAAGCUCGACGAGUACCACACUUGGGUUGUUCGACAAGCCAAGAGGUAUCUGUUGUCUCAGACGGGCUUCAACGAGUCGAGUGCUCGUUACCUUGAGGUAUGUCGGCAGUUCGAGGACGUCCACAUGCAGCAGGCGGAGAGGAACUGGGCGGUCCACGAGGGCAUCCAUACGAAGAAGCGUAAUCAUUUGGCCUUCGAGAAGGUCGUCCAUCUUGUUGAGAUCACCGCAAAUAUGCGAUUGAUGGAGUAUAAACGUGCAGGUUGUGGAUACGUCCUCCCUUGGCAGCGAGACGAGGGUAUGCUUGAAGCUCAGGCGGGAUUGGAGGUGGAGCCUGUACGGUCGGGGACGAGGAGUGGGAUGACAGAGAAGGAGAUCGAGGAGCAGGCUGCCCUCAUUACGCGCGAUCCCAUCGGGUCCUCUGUGCCGCCCCCUAUUGAGUCUGUUUUCGGUGCUCGUGCGGCUAUCUUCCGUCCGUACCCCAGGGACGAUGCCUCUGCGGACGAGAGGGAGCCGGAAGCAACAGACGACCCCGCGCUUCCCAUCCCGCACGACGUUGACGAGUUGCACGAGGAGGGCGACGGGGGUGUCGAGAGGACGCACACCGCGCGGGGGGCAGCAAAGCAGGCAGACGUAGAUAUGAUGGGGGUGGAGGAGGAGCUUUGGGGGUCUUUCAGGGGAAUGGAGGAGAGAUCACCCACUACCGCGCGGGAGCACACGCCUCCUUGCACGACCUUGCAAGAGGAGAUGCCUGCUCCCACGACUGCGAGGGAGGAGCUGCGUCCUGCCACGACAGCGUGGGAGCGGACGACUGUUCCCGCGCCCGCGCAGGAGCAGACGCCUGCUCCCACGAGCACGCGGGAGCAGACGAGAACCUACCAACCGACAAUGGCGAUGAGACGCACCCGAACGUCGCGACGACCCACGCACCCUCUACCACCCACGGAAAGCAGUAACGGAUGGGAGGUGUCGCUCCCAGCGAGUUACGAGGUCCGAGGAAUUGACACGGAAUGGAGAGUUGUGACCUUGGGGAGGGACCAAACCUUCAUGAUGGUGGAAUGCCUAUGGAGCGGCAUGAGGUUCAAUAGGGGGCCAGGAGACGACUUAUACACCGACCUGAGGGUGACCAGGACUGUGUACUUACCUGAGAUUGGUUGGCACAUGCUAGGAACCGAGAUGGCACUAGGGCAUGGACUGCUGCCAAUCUUCCAGAGGGCGGCCAGGGCAUUAAACCGGAUAGGCCAGGAAGUUCGGGGGAGAAGAAAUGUGGGGCUAAGAACCCGGGUGGAAGUAGGAGGAUGGCGAGAGUUUAGAGCCCCAAUGGCAGGGUUGCGGUGUCAAGUACCCCGCUUCAUGAUAGAUUUGGUAUUUGGCAGCCUCUCGAGGGCAAGAGAACUGGUGAACUCAACCCUAACCUGGAUUCACCAUUUCCAGCCACAGACGACAAGAAUGUUUUACGAUGUGUUGAUCGGAAGCCACCACACCGAUGCGCUCGUAGAUGGAGGGGCUGAAAUAACACUCGUUAGGAAAGACUUUGCAAAGAUUACCGGAUGUUCAGUAAACAAAGAGACAACGGGAAGCGUUCGUGGGGCAGGCGGGGAAAUUCCCUUCUCCGUGUAUGUUACUAAGUGCGCAGCCAAGGCCGGGGGUAGGGAAUCUAUUUGGUCGUUCCAACGGAUGACCGUCAUGGACGAAAUGGACCAUGACAUAAUCCUUGGGAGACCUUGGUGUGCGAAUGUAGAGAUGAUCGGAAUGCACCUGCAUGAUGGAACAUACAUGGUGGACAUAGAAGACCCAGUGACAGGACGUGGUGAGCUACUUCGUCUCAUCGGGACAGGCGGUGACAUGCCAAAGGGGAAAUUAGCGACAUGGUCACCAUCGUUCGAAGAAAGUGCCAGAAAGGGGGCUUUUGCACGAAUGGAAGGAAUGAGGGAAAGGGUAGAAAUUAUGAUCGAGGAGGCAUUCAGCAAGAAACAGUGGGUCAAAAUGGGGCUACCACAGAAAAUGCGGAGACAGGAGGACGAUGCCCUGGGAGUAAUGGUAGUAGAGAAAGAGACAGAGGUCGAAUUAGGGGCCAACUUGUCGAGGCCAAAGGAGGUUCAGGACGAGGAGGCCGGGAUAACAUUGAAAGUCCCAGACUUACUGCACCUCAUCAAGGCUAUCAGAUACCAUAAGCUAGACCUCUAUUCUGGAUACGAUCAGCUCCCGCUGGAUGCUCGGGAUAGACCCUACACGGCUAUGCAUACCCCGGUAGGGCAAUUACAAAUGCAAGUGACACCUAUGGGCUUCACCAAUGCUGUGGCGGAAGCACAAAGAAGGAUGCUCGCAGUUGCGGAAGAUAUGUUCCCCGCAAAAUGCGAACCGUACAUUGACGACAAUCCAAUCAAAGGCGCACGAGAUAAGGAUGAAACACAAAUCCAACCAGGGAUACAGAAAUUUGUGUGGGACCACCUGCAGGAUAUCAAAGAGUUUCUCCGCAGGUUCUUGGAAUACAACAUCACUGCCACCGGCCCCAAGAGCAUCCUAGCAGUGCUGGAAGUAACCAUCCUAGGAUUUCGCUGCGGGUCAUAUGGAAGGAAGCCCGAUCCGGCCAAGACUGACAAAAUCUCUCAAUGGCCAACGCCCCUGCGAACCACAACGGAGGUGAGGGCCUUUCUAGGGGUUGUAGGAUUUUUUAGGAUUUUCAUCAAAGGAUUUGCAAAGAUAGCCGAGCCCAUUCGGGCCAUGAUCCGCAAAGAGGGCACGCUCGAUUGGACAGAAGAACGAGAAGGCGUCGUCCAGACCUUGAAAGACAUAUCGACAUAUGAACAGGUCACCCUUGCCGCUCCAUGUUUUAACGAUGAGGUGGGGCGUCCGUUUGUGCUUGAGACCGAUUGGGGACCAUUAGCCGUGCGAGGAGUUCUGAUCCAAAGAGAGGAAGAUGGAAGGGAACGGCCAAUCAGGUUCGAGAGUAGGACGUUGAACUUAGUCGAGCGUCGCUACUCUCAAUUCAAGAAAGAAGUGUUGAUCAUUCUCCACUGCCUUAAGACCUUCCAAGCCUACCUCUUUGAGAGGAGGUUCAUCUUAAGAAAAGAUCCAACAGACGUCCCAGGGGCUCUAAAGAAUUACAAGCCUAUAGACCCCACCGUGGGAAGAUGGGUGGGGUUGAUUUGGCAGUUUGACUACAAGAUCGAGCGCAUAGCCGGUCCUAGGAACAGGGCCGACGGCUUGAGCAGGGUGUGCAUUUCACCGGAAGGAGUAGAGGACGCAAAACCUAUCGAUGCGUUCCUCGACUACGAGGGAGGGACCCUUGCGGUAGAGAACGAAAUGAUAGAACCUGCUUGCACGUCUGGGGAAUUGCUGAUUAAGACCUUAGAGAAAGAGUCUCCUGCAGUGGUGGCAGAACUCAGGGAAGGGGCAGUUACAAGAAUCGGCCACAAGGAAGAGAGACUCGUUGGGCGACAUUGUGGGGCCUCAGGAAGGACUGAUGGCAAUGGUUGUAGAAGGGGGGCGAGAGGCGGUUAUGAGCUCGGUUGAGUCAUGGGAACAGAAGCAUCAGCAAUACUUGGUAAACCAAGUGCAGAAUGGACAGGAGGAUCGCCGAGAUCAGAAGGAAUUCUUCCUUAUCCAAUCACACGAUGGCAUCUUCAAGGAGAUCGGUCUAUUACUAGUGGGAAACAAGGAGGCUCAGGAGGUCAGCCUCAAGGCCAGAGAGGAAGCCGAUAAAUACGUGCUAAGAAA